AUGCUACGCUUUCUGGUUGCACCUUUGCGUCCCACCUCCAAGGCUUCUCAGCAGAACACUUCACUUCCUGCCAUGGCUCCGCUCAUUUCCUCCUUCAACGAAAAUGUCCGUCCAAUGCUCGACGCGAUCGACAAGCUGCGAGUCUUGGGUCUCAAGGAGGAAGGAAUUGAGCUGCCGACUAUCGUCGUCGUCGGCGAUCAAUCCAGCGGCAAGUCGUCAGUGCUCGAGAACUUGUCCGGAAUUAACCUGCCGCGAGGCAAGGGGAUCGUUACUCGCGUGCCGUUGAUCCUGAGGCUCCAAUCGUGCGUCGACGGUCAGGAUGAGAUCACGAUAGAAUACACCGCUGUUUCUGGUAAAGUGUCCAAGGGCUUGGCUGACGAAGCGUUGAUCGAGAAGGAGAUUUCCGAGGCAACGGUAACCUUGGCUGGCAGCCGGAAAGGCGUCAUGAAUUGCCCGAUCACCCUGGAAGUGCGACGACCGGAUCUGCCUGACCUAACCCUGGUAGAUCUUCCGGGAAUCACACGCGUACCUAUCGAAGAUCAACCGAAGGACAUUUACAAUCAGGUGAAGGCGAUGAUAAUGAAUUACAUCACUCCGAAGGAGAGCGUGAUUCUGAACGUGCUGGCAGCGGAGGUGGAUUUCUCCACGUGCGAGUCGAUCGUGAUGUCGCAAGAGGUGGACCCUGACGGCGAUCGCACCCUCGCUGUCGUCACCAAGGUCGACCGCGCGCCCGAUGGGCUCUACGAGAAGAUUCAGUCGAAUUCCGUGCGGAUCGGGCUUGGAUACGUGUGUGUCAGGAACAAGACUGACGCGGAUGCUACUCAUGACGAUGCAAGAAAAGCAGAAGCGGCUUUUUUCAAUAGCCAUCCGGAAUUGAGCCAGAUUGAGUCCCACUCCCUUGGGAUUCCCGCCUUGGCUCAACGCUUGACGGAGAUUCAGGCCAAGAGGGUUGCAGACAGCAUUCCAAGGAUCAGACAGGCCAUUCAGAAAGCGCUUGCUGCCAAGGAAUCUGAAUUGCAGACGAUUCCGCUUGCUGCCACGUCCACCGCUGCAGCUCUGAGUGUGAUUUCUUCAGCGAUCCAGGAGCGACGUGACCUGAUGAGUGGCGUUAUCAGCGGAAGGUAUGGUUCGUUUCAAGGCAACGCAGAAAUGCACUACGCUGCGAGGCUGCACGAGAGGUUCAACAAAUUCGAUGCUGAGAUGCGUUCUGCUCUCCCAAAAUUCCUAGGAAAGGACUACUCUGAAAGGUGUAAAGAGGCGUUGAAAGAGGUGGCGGGAAUUUCACUCCCGAACAUGCUGGAUCAGGCAGUGGUGAGGCAGCUGGUUCAGGAGGUGGUGGAUAGCAUCGAAGGGCUGUGCUUGCUCCUGGUGAAUGACUGCUUUGCGUAUGCAACCGAGGUGCAGCAAGCCGUGGCAUCUCACGUCUGUGGGAUCUACCCUGGGCUGAACAACGUGGUUCACCUUCAAGGGCUCAAUGCUCUGAGGGAGGCCAAAGAGUCUGCAAACCGCUUCGUUCAGGACACGCUGAAAAAGGAAAGGAAGGUGAUUUUCACGCUUAACCACUACUACAUGGAUACAGUUUCCAAGAUCCAUGUGAAGAUGGCCGAUUUCAAAAAAGCCAAUGCUCAAGGCCAAGCUUCCCUGUUUCCCUCUGUUGAUGGUUUCGCUUCCAGCCGUGCUUCACUCGGCAACCUGAUCAGCAAUGAGGACCAAGCAGCGAGGGACCUGCAGACCAAGCAGCGAGGGACCUCAUACGCCAAGGUGAUGCACAAGCGGUUGUGUGAUGCCAUUCCCAUGGAGAUUCGCAUGUGCCUUGAGACUGCCCUGCUGGAUGACACUGACAGCGCUGUGUGGCGGGAGAUUCAUGGUGGGGAUGUUGCCAAGAUUGCAGCUCUCAAGGCGGUGGACCAGCAGCGAAGGGCUCGGCUGGAGGAGAGUAUUAGGAGGUUGAAGGCGUCUGAAGCCACGCUGCUGGGCCUUGCGUUUGACGCUCCCAGGCUGCUGGCUUAG